AUGCAGUUCUUACUAUAUUAUCUAAGGUGUUUAGAUCCCUAGGUUUUUGCUUAGCCUUAGCUUCAUUGUCUGGAGCACCUGCUGUUUUACAGAUUAUAACUCCCUGUAGUUGCAUUUUCUGAUCCCUACUUAGUUCUAAUCUUAGUAAAGCCUCUUAUGAACAUUUUAAAUAUUGCAGUUGUUAGAGCCUGACUUCCUUUGGAGAACAUGAAGUUUCUUCAUACAGCAUUUAAAAGCAUUCUUAUAUACACUGAUGCAUGCAUAAUCUGUUUCUUUAACAGAGUGGCUUUUUUAAAGUAAUAGUGAAAGUAUCUUAGUAGCAGUGUUAAUUUGUCUGUUGCUAGUUUCCAGAUAGGGCAAUAAUAGGAGGUAAUAUCCUUUAUAAGCUCUGCUUCUGAGUAGUUCAUGUUGAGGUUAUCUUCUGGAUCUAAAAUAUACGUGUAGAAAUGUUAAGACAGAGUUUUUGUUGACUUUUGCUGUUAGAUUUAAAGACCUCUUCUCCUAGUGCUUUAAAUUGAUAAUACUAGAAACCAGUACAUCAGUAUUGUAGAAUUGUAUUAUUACAAGCUAAAGGUUAUGAUAAACAUUUGUUGAGCACUUAGAAUACGCUCAUAUCUGUGUUCAAACUUUUAAGUGAAAUAUUUCAGAUAAUUUUCUCAACAAUCCUAUAAAACAGAUACUAUUAUUAUUCUAACAUGUGGCUAAGGAAGAUGAGGCUUUGAACUGUUACAUUAUGUGUAGAUAGUCACAGAUCUAAAAAAGUGACAGACUUUGCUGUCCCCACUCUUAACCACUUCUAUCUCUAAAUAAGUGUUUGGCUGGUUUUGAUAAUUUUAAGGCUGUAUUUCUUAAAUUUCAGACUUCGUGAAAAAUAUGUGGGACCAGCAUUCUACCUUCUACUGUGUUGGUUAAAAAAGAAAAAGAAAGAAAGAAAAGAAAAUACCUUAUGAGAAUUGUGGAAGAUAGGCUGGCAAGCCUUUUUAUACGAUGCUGAUAUCAUUGUUGGGUUUUUUUAUGUUGUCAACCAAAUCAUUCUCACCAGAUCCAGGAUGAGAAGACUGAUAAAGGUGGAAGCUAGCUGAACAGCUGUAAGAUGCCCAAAUCUGGGUUCACAAAACCAGUUCAAAGUGAAAAUUCUGACAGUGACAGCAAUAUGGUAGAAAAACCGUAUGGAAGAAAGAGUAAAGACAAGAUUGCAUCCUAUAGCAAAACUCCAAAAAUUGAUCGAAGUGAUGUGGGCAAGGAGAUGAAAGAGAAAUCGUCCAUGAAGCGUAAACUUCCUUUUACCAUCAGCCCAUCAAGAAAUGAAGAUCGAGAUUCAGACACAGAUUCAGAACCAGGACAUACAAGUGAAAAUUGGGGGGAGAGACUUAUAUCUUCUUACAGGACAUACUCAGAGAAAGAAGGUCCAGAAAAGAAGAAAACAAAAAAGGAAGCAGGAAAUAAGAAGUCCACCCCAGUGAGCAUUCUUUUUGGUUAUCCACUCUCGGAGCGAAAGCAGAUGGCACUUCUUAUGCAGAUGACAGCAAGGGACAACAGUCCAGAGUCCACACCAAAUCAUCCAUCACAGACAACACCAGCCCAAAAGAAAACUCCCAGUUCCUCAUCUCGACAAAAAGAUAAAGUUAAUAAAAGAAAUGAACGUGGUGAAACUCCUUUACACAUGGCAGCUAUUAGAGGAGAUGUGAAACAAGUCAAAGAAUUAAUAAGUUUAGGGGCAAAUGUGAAUGUAAAAGAUUUUGCAGGUUGGACACCACUGCAUGAAGCUUGCAACGUUGGAUAUUACGAUGUGGCUAAGAUACUUAUAGCAGCUGGAGCAGAUGUUAACACGCAGGGAUUAGAUGAUGACACUCCACUUCACGAUUCUGCUAGUAGUGGGCACAAAGAUAUCGUGAAACUCUUGCUUCGUCAUGGUGGAAAUCCAUUUCAAGCUAACAAACAUGGGGAGCGUCCAGUGGAUGUAGCAGAAACAGAGGAGUUGGAAUUGCUGCUAAAAAGAGAGGUGCCUUUAUCUGAUGGUGAUGAGAGUUACACAGAUUCUGAGGAGGCUCGGUCUGUCAAUCCUUCCAGUGUUGAUGAAAAUAUUGACUCUGAGACAGAGAAAGACUCUCUCAUUUCUGAAAGUAAACAGAUAAUUCCCAGUAAAGCACCUCUUCCAUCUGCCCUUGAUGAGUAUGAGUUCAAAGAUGACGAUGAUGAAGAAAUAAAUAAAAUGAUUGAUGAUAGGCAUAUUCUUAGGAAAGAGCUACGAAAAGACAAUGAAUCUGAAGUAGAAAAGAAUAGUUUAUUUACAAAACAGGAAAAGGCCUUCUAUCCUAAAUCAUUUAAAACUAAAAAACAAAAGCCAUCUAGGGUUUUGUAUUCAAGUUCUGAAAGUUCAGAUGAAGAAAUUCUUCAGAACAAAAAGUGUCCUGUUCCAUGUUCUGUCCCUGAAACAUCCAAUUCUGAUACACAAACCAAAAAGGAGUAUGGAGUUUCAAAUGAACACAAACAGAAAGGCAAAGUGAAAAGAAAAUUAAAGAACCAGAACAAAAAUAAAGAGAACCAAGAGCUGAAGCAAGAAAAAGAGGGGAAAGAAAAUACCAGAGUAACAAACUUGACGGUUAAUCCUGCCCUAGAUUGUUCAGAAAAGACCAGGGAGGAGGGGAAUUUUAGGAAAUCUUUUAGCCCAAAAGAUGAUACUUCAUUACAUUUGUUUCAUAUUUCUACCAGCAAGUCUCCCAAACAUGCUUGUGGACUAAGUGAAAAGCAGUCAACACCACUAAAACAAGAACAUUCUAAGGCAUGUUUAUCACCAGGAAGUUCGGAAAUGUCAUUGCAGUCUGACCUUGUUCGAUAUGAUAAUACAGAAUCUGAAUUUUUGCCAGAAAGUUCAAGUGUAAAAUCUUGUAAGCAUAAGGAAAAAAAUAAACAUCAGAAAGAUUUCCACUUAGAAUUUGGUGAAAAGUCAAAUGCCAAAAUAAAGGAUGAAGAUCAUAGUCCAACAUUUGAAAAUUCAGAUUGCACACUGAAAAAAAUGGAUAAAGAGGGUAAAACAUUAAAAAAGCAUAAAUUGAAACAUAAAGAGAGAGAAAAAGAAAAGCAUAAAAAAGAAAUUGAAGGUGAAAAGGAAAAGUACAAAAAUAGGGAUGGUACUAAAGAGCUUCAGCGGAGUGUGGAAUUUGAUAGAGAAUUUUGGAAAGAGAAUUUUUUUAAAAGUGAUGAAACUGAAGAUCUGUUUUUAAAUAUGGAACAUGAAGCCUUAACGUUAGAAAAAAAAUCAAAGUUGGAAAAAAACAUAAAAGAUGAUAAAUCAACCAAGGAAAAGCAUGCCGCAAAAGAGAGGAGUUUUAAAGAAGAACGAGAAAAAAUUAAAAGUGAGAAAUCUUUUAGGGAGGAAAAAGUAAAAGAUUUAAAAGAAGAGAGAGAGAAUGCACCUACAGAUAAAGAAACAGAAUUCAGUUCUUUAGGUGUAAGUGCCAGUGAAGAAUCUGUAGGGUUACAUUCAGUGGAAAAGGAAAUAGAAAUUGAAAAACAAGAAAAGCAUAUAAAAGAAAGUAGGGAAAAAUCUGAGAAACGAUUUCAGACUAAAGAAAAGGAUGCUGAGAAGGCUGAAAGAAAAAAUUCUGAAAAAGAGAAGAAGAUAAAACAUGAGCAUAAGUCAGAGAAAGACAGAUUAGAUCUUAGUGAAUGUGUCGACAGAAUAAAAGAAAAAGACAGGCUGUAUUCACACCACACAGAAAAAUGCCAUAAAGAAGGUGAGAAGGUAAAAAACAUUAUUACCAUUAAGAAAACUGAUGACAGAGAGAAAAGUAGAGAAAAAAUGGACAGAAAACAUGACAAAGAAAAACCUGAAAAAGAGAGACAUCUAGCCGAGAGCAAGGAGAAACACUCAAUGGAAAAAAAAACCAAACAGUCAGAUAUUACUGACUAUGCUAAGUCAGAGAAAAGCAAAAAUAAAGAAAAAGACAGGGAUGUAGAUAAAAAGGAAAAAUCCAGAGAUAGUGUGAAUAUAACUAACUUCAGACACUUCCAGGAAGAGAAGAAGUCAACUAUAGCAGACGGUAAUAAAGCGCAUGAAAAAACUUUACCCCUUAAAGAGAAAUCUAGAGAUGAGCCUUUGAAAACUCCUGAUGGAAAAGAGAAAGAUAAAAAGGAUAAAGAUAUAGAUAGAUACAAAGAGCGAGACAAACAUAAGGAUAAAAUUCAACUAAGUAGUGCACUCAGACUGAAAUCUGAAGCAGAGAAGCCUAAACCUAAGUCACCACCAGCAUCAAAAGAUGCUCGACCCAGAGAAAAGAGGCUGGUGAAUGACGACUUAAUGCAGACAAGCUUUGAACGAAUGCUGAGUCUGAAAGACCUGGAGAUAGAGCAGUGGCACAGAAAACACAAGGAAAAAAUUAAGCAGAAAGAAAAGGAACGGUUGAGAAACCGUAACUGUUUAGAACUUAAGGUAAAAGAUAGAAAAACAAAGCAUGCACUAGCUGAGUCCAAAAAUAAAGAACUUACCAGGUCGAAGAGUUCAGAGUUGACUGAUGCUUCUACCAAGGAGAAGCAGUCUAAAGAUGCUGUAAGUAACAGAUCACAGUCUGUCGACACCAAAAAUACAGUGAAUUUAGGGAAGUCACCCUUCAUUUCAGAUAGUAGCUUAAAUAGAUCUCCUAGGUCAGAAAGUGAAAAGCCCGGUCUCAGCUCCAGGUCUGUGUCCAUGAUUUCAGUUGCCAGCUCAGAAGAUUCCUGCCAUACUACCGUGACAACACCAAGGCCACCAGUUGAGUAUGACUCAGACUUUAUGUUGGAGGGUUCAGAUUCCCAAAUGUCCUUUUCCCAGUCACCAUUUUUGCCAGUUGCCAAAUCUCCGGCCCUUCAUGAGAGGGAGCCAGACAGCCUGGCUGAGCUGCCAGAGCGGGUUAAAGCACCACAUACAAGCCGGCUUCCAGCAUCCCACCUCCGCUCAUCCUCUGCAGAGGACGUUAAACUCGUUCUAAGUGAGGGGAGACCAGCUGUGGAAGUUCGAAGAUGUAGCAUGCCAUCUGUUAUUUGUGAACAUACAAAACAAUUCCAAACAAUAUCAGAAGAAAGCAACCAAGACGGCUUAGCUGUGCCAAGAGUUACUUGUCCUUCUCCCCAAACUGAGGUGUCCUCACCUGUGCCUGAACGAGAACUUUCAAAUGUGUCUAACGUGCAUUCCAGCUUUGCGGCCUCUCCAACUAGAUCUGUAAACAGCAAAUACACUUCAGCGGAUGUAAAUGUUGUCAAGAGUACUGCUCCAGUGGGCCCUUUGACGGACAGUCCUGUGCAUUUAGAGCCAUCUAAUCAGGUUGAUGUAAUUCAAAAUAAAUCAUGGGAGAUAGCUGUUGAGAGACUGGAGUCGUUAAGCACCAGUGACUUUAUCUGCCCAAGUUCUCGUAUGCCUGAUCAAGAUUCUUCUGUUCAGGGUUUUUGUAAUUCUGAAAACAAAAUAUUGAAAGAACAAAAUACUGACUUUUUAUCCCUGCAUCAGACUGAAUUGCCAGGAAACACUUGUGCUCAGGACCCAGCGUCCUUUCUGCCUUCCCAGCAGCCUUGCUCUUUUCACAGCCAAUCACUUUCAGAUGCUGAAUCUAUUUCUAAACAUCUGUCUUUGUCAUAUGUUGCCAAUCAAGAGCCAGGUAUUUUACAACAGAAAAAUGCUAUUCAGAUUAUCAGUUCUGUUUUAGAUACCGAUAAUGAACCUACAAAAGAUACGGAGGGUACUUUUGUCCUGACAGAUGUUCAGAAGACAGACGCCUUUGUCUCAGUGUGCCCUGAAAGCACUGUUCAAGAAGCAUCACCAAAUUUUGAGAAAGCUAACACUUUGCCUGUAUUACCAUCAGAAAGGGACUUUAAUGGAAGUGACGCCUCUUCCCAGCCAAAUACACAUUAUGCACUUAGCAAACUAAUGUACAAGUCUUCCGGUGACCACGAGGCUGAAAAUAGCACUUCUGACAUUCAGGUCGUUUCACAUGAAAAAGAAGGCAAACUGGAGAGUUCAGUUCUGACUCACUUGAAUGAUAAGUGUGAUUCUGAUUUAUGUGACAUGAAUGCAGGGAUGCCAAAAGGAAAUCUUAAUGAACAAAAUAAUCCAAAACACUGUCCUGAAGGUGAGAAGUGUUUGCUUUCCAUCGAAGACGAAGAGUCACAACAAAGCACUUUAUCAAGUCUGGAGAACCAUUCACAACAAUCAGCUCCCCCAGAAAUGCAUAAAUACAGUCACUUAGUUAAAGUGGAAUUGGAAGAAAAUGCUGAAGAUGAUAAAACUGAAAACCAGAUCCCUCCAAGGAUGACUAGGAACAAAACAAAUACGACAGCAAACCCAAGCAAACAGGUUCUGGCUGGCUGCGCGCUGUUAGCAGAAAAAGACGGGGAGUCUUCCUCCCCUCGAGGAAGAAUCAGGUUAACCGAGGACGACGACCCUCAGAUCCACCACCCUCGGAAAAGGAAGGUGUCGCGUGUGCCGCAGCCUGUGCAGGUGAGCCCGUCCCUGCUGCAGGCCAAGGAGAAGACGCAGCAGUCGCUGGCGGCGCUCGUGGACUCGCUGAAGCUCGACGAGAUCCAGCCGUACAGUUCAGAGAGAGCAAAUCCGUAUUUUGAAUAUCUGCACAUACGGAAGAAAAUUGAAGAAAAGCGCAAGCUGUUGUGUAGUGUUAUCCCUCAAGCACCUCAGUAUUAUGAUGAGUAUGUGACGUUCAAUGGAUCGUAUCUGCUGGAUGGGAACCCCUUAAGCAAGAUCUGCAUCCCCACAAUUACACCACCACCUUCACUGUCAGAUCCACUUAAAGAGCUUUUUCGACAACAGGAAGUUGUGAGGAUGAAACUACGUUUGCAACACAGUAUUGAAAGGGAAAAACUCAUUGUAUCCAAUGAGCAGGAGGUCCUUCGAGUUCAUUACAGAGCUGCAAGAACACUGGCCAAUCAGACGCUGCCGUUUAGCGCGUGCACGGUCCUCCUGGACGCGGAGGUGUACAGCGUGCCGCUGGACGCCCAGUCUGAUGACAGUAAAACUUCUGUGAGGGAUCGCUUUAAUGCAAGACAGUUCAUGUCUUGGUUACAAGAUGUGGAUGAUAAAUUUGACAAACUAAAGACCUGUCUUUUAAUGAGGCAACAACACGAAGCUGCAGCUUUAAAUGCCGUCCAGAGAUUAGAAUGGCAGCUCAAACUCCAGGAACUUGACCCUGCCACCUACAAAUCACUCAGCAUUUAUGAGAUUCAGGAGUUUUACGUUCCCCUCGUUGAUGUUAAUGAUGACUUUGAAUUGACCCCCAUAUAGCAGCCGUUGCUUCCUGGCGGCGGUGGUAAACGGAUGAGGCUCAAGAGUGUUAUACUGUGGAAUACUGCCUUUGACAAAAAUACAAUAUUAUGCCUUCACAAUUAUUAGUAGAGUUCAGCAAAAGUUGGUUAUGUAGUAAACACUGUCAUUUUAUUAAAAAUGAAAAGAUGUAUUUCGGAUCUUAGAUCCAGUUUCUAAUUGAAAACUAUUAUUUAUAUUGAUGAAAGGUCACUAUCGCGUUAGAGCACGUUGGCAGACUGUGGUAGGUAUUUAAGAAGCUGAGAACCUGCUAACGGCGCUGGAAGUUGUUAGCACUCUAAGUACAGGAUAACCACUAGCAUUCAAAUUGCUUUCAAGUUUUAUUAUAAUGUAUCAGUAAACUAAAAGGUUCAAUUCCUACCGAAUAGUUUCUAAUGUGGAAGAAAAACUUGGCACAGAAUUUCUUCAGUUUUAUUAUAUCUGUAAGUUAAUUGUAUAGCUUUCUUUUCGAAAGUUUUAAUAUUGUCUUCCUUUUUAAUAACUUAUUUUAUACAUAUUGUGCAGAUGUAAAUCUUGUAAUUAAUGGUCAAAAUAUAUACAAAGGGAUUGGUAGUCAAAAUAUACAAAGAAAUAAUUGUAAAACUGUUCCGUCUGAUGUUUUAUUGGACCAAAGUGUAGUUCGUAUGGAGUGUAGUGAUCGUGUGUUCGGGUAGCGGAACUUUUAAAUAAGGCAUGCGUGUUUGAGUUAGCUUGUUUCCAUCCCCACAACCACAGAGGGUGGCGUAGCCGUACUGCAUGCUUCCUGUAGCUUAACUCUCCACAGCGACGCCCGAGGUAGUGUGAGGUGUUCCAUGCUGGUCUCCCGGGGUAGCACUGACUUACUGUGUUGGCCAUUUUAUUUAGAAUUAGUCAUGCAAAAAAAUAGCUCGUUUUUCAUCUCACAGUAGAGCCUGUUCUCCUCCCCCCCAAAAUGCCUUUGAAUGAAAAUUGUGAAAUUGUAAAUGUUUAUUUUAAUACUCAAGUAUGAAAGAAUCUGUGAAUAUAUGUAAAUAUGUUUAAUAAAUUUUAUUGGUCAUGUUAAAUCAUUGUAAAACUUUUUUACAUUGCUUAAAUAUAAUGUUUUAAGCUUAAUAACCUUUGCACUUUUAAAAUAAACACUGAGUACUCAAAUCAAAAAAAUAUUUGAUAGUCAAAAUAAGUAAAAGAAAUAGGCAUAUUCUAAUUGAUGUCUGCAAUGUUUAUGAAAAAUUGAUUAAUAUGUUGUACAUUUCUUUCCUUGUGUCAAGAUGCAAAACAUAUAAUUUUCAGAAUUUUAUAAUUAAAAUAAGAUUUGGUAUGCUGUUUUUAAUAAAAUAAUUAGCAAUAUACUUAGACCAGUUUCUCCUAUAACAUGAUAUAAAUUAAAUAUUCAGGAAUAUUUCAGAUCUGAAACCUGCUGCUAAACUUAUUAAAUAUUUUUCAAAGGAAAAUUAAGAUAUAUGUAAAAUUCAUCAUAAGUAUAUGAGAUAAAAUUUUCAGAACUUUCCACAAUACUUUUUUCAGUUAUAAAAUAAUACUGGAUGUUUUUUAUUCUGAUACAGAAAAAUAAAAAGAAUAAAUGAGGAAUAAAGUGAUUUAAAUUCAGUUUACAAGUUGAAAAUCCCACCUAAUGGGAAAGACAGAAGUUUUUGAGUGCAAAGGUAUAUAUUAAGCUUAGGGAUUUUUGAAUUUUUAUGUCAAUUUAUAUUUUAACUCAUACUGUACUUGGCAUGCGCAAUAAAACAGCACAUGUGAAAAAGACACAGUGCAAGGACUUUAUUAUAAAGAUUGGAUGUAGUAGUCUUUAGAACUUUAGAUGAAAGAUUUUGGCCUUUUUUAUUGGAUAAACGGGGCCAAGAAAGGCAGGGUAGAUUUUGAAGCACUGGUUUUGUUGAAGUUAAGUUUAUUAAGGCUGGGAGCAUUAAGAUAAUUUAUAAAAGCAAUACUUUUUAAUAUGAAAAACUUAGUGCAAAUUUUGUUUAUACUUUUGCCUAAAAUAAAAAAAACCAGAUUAUUGAGCAUUGAAGUCAUAGAAAAUAUGAGAAGGGUAAGUUUAUACAGCAUUUUGUUCUAAUGGUUCAACCAGGGAAGGCGGUGGGUGGUGGGGGUGCUGGGAAGAAAAAUCACUGGCCAAACAGAACAAGCUACAGAAGAGAAAAAGCAAGCAAGCAGAAACCUGGCAUUUCAGUCAUCCCAGCUUUGCAGUGCUGACCUCUGUCCUCACCCUCUUCCAUGGCACCUCCCAUUGCUGGAGCCCGUCUGCUGCGAUUCUGCUUCUGCAGAGUUCCUUUGUAAAGUGGCUCAGAGCUAAUCGGACAGCUCGACCGAAAAGCGAAUGCCUUCUCCGUGGGAAUUGGUACUUAAGUAAGUAAGUUAAGGGCUCUUGAUAUUUCAAAGAUGUUCUAAAGCUCUGAAAUGGCUGAAAAAACUUAGAAUGGCGUAUAUGCCUAAAUGAUAGAGGAUUCUAAAAGAAAAAUAAAGGAUGACUAGUUUAAUCAGUGAAUUUUUUAAAAACUAUUCAAAUACCAUGAACAAGAUACUAAAUUGUACCUAAGGAUUUGUAUUUCUUUAAAUCUUGUUCUAAAUCAUAUCUGUUUAAUAAAUGACUAGUUGAUAUUUGUGCAUGUUAUUUAAUAAAGAGUUAUAUUUUUAUAGAAAAAAUAA